AAUGCAGAAACCACGACGCUUCCCUUGAAACCCAUAUGCCCAAAGAUUUACGUGUUACAUAAAUGUAUCGUUGAUCUUACACAGAAGAAGAAGAAGAAGAUGCAGGGGGAGUCCACUGAGUCGAAUCCCGAGUUCCGAGUGGGCAAGCGAGUGCACUCGGCCGGCGAUCCACGCAGAACCGGGACAGUGAAAUACGUGGGACCCAUCCAGGGCUACUCGGGCGCGUGGGUGGGGGUGGACUGGGACUCCGGGGACGCCAAGCACGACGGCUCCGUCAACGGAUUCCGAUACUUCCAGGCCCGGUCCGACCGGUCCGGCUCGUUCGUGCGGGCUCAUAGUCUGAGCCCGGGAAUUUCGCUGCUCGAAGCUCUCCAGCUAAGAUACCGAGUCCAAUCCACCAAAGAAGAGGAAGAUGAGAUGUAUGUACUAUCAACUAGCAACAAGCGUGUAUCGGUUCAACUCCUUGGUAAAGAUAAAAUUCAGGACAAGCUAAGUAGAUUUGAGGAGUUACCCAGUGCAUCAAUAUCUUAUAUGGGUGUUAGUACUCCUGGAGUUCCAUGUCAUAUUGGUACCACUGUCCCAAAACUAAAGGAGCUUGACUUGACUGGAAAUUUGCUUUCAGAAUGGAAGGAUGUUGGCACCAUCUGUGAUGAGUUACCAUCCCUUGCAGCCCUCAAUUUAUCCAAUAACUUAAUGUUACACGAGAUUUUUGAGCUGCCACAACUAAAAAGCAUCCGCAUUUUAGUCUUAAACAAUACUGGCAUAAAUUGGAUGCAGAUCGAAAUACUUAAAGAUUCACUACCAGCAAUUGAAGAGCUUCAUCUGAUGGGGAAUACCAUUAGCACAAUACAGCCUACAUCGUCCUUUGUAGUUCAGGGGUUUGAUUCUCUGCGGCUUCUGAAUUUGGAUGAUAAUUGUAUAGCUGAAUGGGAUGAAAUCUUGAAGCUUUCUCAGUUAAGAAGCUUGGAGCAGCUUUAUUUGAACAAGAACAACUUGAAUCGCAUCUACUAUCCCGAUAAAAAUAGAAUGCCUGAAUUUCUUGGUGGUAAUGAAUUACAGAAAGAAAGUCUUAUGCCAUUUGAAAAUUUGUGUUGCCUUCUUCUGGGAGGUAACAAUAUUGAAGAUCUGGCCUCUGUUGACUCGUUAAAUACAUUUCCUAAGUUGGUGGAUAUCAGGCUUUCUGAGAAUCCCGUGGCUGAUCCUGGAAGAGGUGGUAUUCCAAGAUUUGUUUUGGUUGCACGUUUAGCAAAAGUUGUAAUACUAAAUGGGAGUGAGGUAAGCCCUCGCGAGAGGAAGGAUUCUGAGAUUCGGUAUGUUCGGUUAAUUAUGUCAAAGUCACAUGACAAUCCUGAAGAAAUCAAACUGCUGCAUCCCAGGUUUGCUGAGCUUAAAAAUUCUCAUGGAAUUGACGAUGAAAAGCCAUCGGUUGGAGCAACAGGCCUACAAAAAAUGGCUUCAGGACUCUUGUCUAUCACUUUGAAAUGUGUGGGACCAUCCAUUGGUGAGAAGCCCCCAUUGACAAAGAAAUUGCCAGCAACCACUACAGUUGGUAAGUUAAAGAUUCUUUGUGAAAGCUUUUUCAAGCUGAAGUCUAUCAAGCCGAAAUUGUUUCUGCAAGAAGAGGGUUCUCCUUUACCGAUGUUGCUUGAGGAUGAAAUGGCGUCUUUGAUGGACCUCGGAAUUGGGAAUGAGUCGACCAUUCUCGUAGACGAAGAGAGUUAACAGAAUUAAAUCCAAAAGUUUGUGAAGAAGCACUUUUCAAAAUUAUGAUUCCUGGACAAAUAAUGUUUCUGAUUUUUUCUGCAAUUUCUCUGCAUGUGAUGAACUAUGUUUGUUCUUGACAUUUUAUUUGUCCUUUUCCUAAAAUGCCUUGAUUAUGUAAUUAAGAAUUUAGCUACUCAUUAUAGGUGCUUUGUGCGGGACAUCUACUUAACCAAGCAGAAAACUGAUUUAGGUCUCUGCAGAAAUUGGUAUUGUGGUGUUCUGUUGUAAUCGUCACAAAAUUGCGCUUCGGCCCCCUGCGGGGGACGGGUGCACCAGACAGCUGUUGACCGUGAUCAUGAAGAAGUGACUUUUUGAGUUUGAAUUUACAA